AUGGCAAACUUGGCAAACCUUGAUUUUGUUGCCUUGGAUAUUACUGGGAAGAAUUACCUUACUUGGGUAAUGGAUGCUAAGAUUUAUAUGGAGGCAACAAAUCUUGGAGAAACUAUUAAGGAGGAUAACAGUGCAUCCUCUCAAGAUCGGGCGAAAGCCAUGAUCUUUAUCCAUCGCCACCUUGAUGAAGGACUGAAGAGUGAGUACCUCACGGUUAAAGAUCCACUAACCCUCUGGAAGGCAUUGAAAAAUAGAUACAAUCACCAGAAAAUGAUGAUUCUUCCGAGGGCUCAUUAUGAGUGGGCUCACCUAAGGAUCUAUGAUUUUAAGAUGGUGGCUGAGUACAAUUCUGCUAUGUUCAGAAUUACCCCCCAGUUGAAGCUCUGUGGAGAAACCAUUACUGAGGAAGACAUGCUGGAAAAGACUUUCAGUAUUUUUCAUGCCUCCAACGUGCUCCUGCAGUAG